AUGUCGCUUAGAAUUGUGCCUGAAGAAAAGCAAUUGACUGAUGCCAAGAAUACGCAAUUUGGCCCUGCGGCCCCAUCUGCUCCUGGUGUAGUGGAUACGCUAAGAUCCGGAGAAGCUCCACUCUCUAUAAGCUCCAAGGUUAACAAUAGACAUCCCCUACAAUCUAGAAUUGAAAAGUGGGAUCAAACACAGAGGGAUUUGCAGUUGGAGACUUAUAGAAGAACAUUUGGUGUUGCUGAUCCUAUCAGAAGAGAGAUGGAGUUGAAUAUUGUGAAGGAGACUGAUUUCAGACCAACUCUGUUUGGUUUCUCUGCCAUUACUAGUCCUAGUCUAGACAUUUUACUCAAUAAGGAGACUACUAUUGGCUGGGAAGAUAUAUAUACAGGAUUCAAUGAUGCUAAACCUACUGAUUUCCAUACUGAAAUGGAGAAACAAAUGGGUAUUUAG